UCUAAAACUAGAUUUAAACACAUUUAUGAACAUGAUUUAUUUUUUAGGUAAAAGCACUUUGUGUAGAAAUGGCUUCUUUCACAACAAAGACCAUGACAUUAAUGGAUUAUAGCUGCAGAUGCAAGAAUGUGUCAAGUCGUAAUAUUUCCAUAGAAUUUAGUAAUUUAAAAUUGUAUGAAGUAAGUAGCCACAGUUAUGUUCCGCUGCUGAUGCUGAAAUAACAUUGUGUUUAUAAUGUCAGAAUACGCCUGUGUUCACCUGCUAAACACCCUUUCACCUGGUUGUGGUAAUCAGGUGGCCAGACAGGAAAGGAAGGGAUUUGGCUUUAAUCCAGGCACCUUUAUAAAGCACGUAAUGAGAUCUGCUAGUCCACUGUUGUGACUUUCAACACAAGGGGACGUAAGAAUGUUCAUCUGCUGCUUUUAAAAACAACCAGGGAGCAAUAAAGUUUUUUUUAUUAAAUAGAGGCAUUCAGUUAGACAGAACAGUGAACAUGUACUGUAGCUACUGCUGUGGGAUUAAAGUUUAUUUGGAGCAUAUGACCAAAAAAGGUUCAAUAAAAAUUGCUAUUCACAAUAGUCCAGCUAAAACUGCAGAGGAGACAUUUGCCCUUAUUCCCACCAAAUGUUGGAAUGUACUUUAGUUAUUUCCGACAGCACCUGAAGGCAACGCUCGUGUCAGCUGUAGCGAUGGCACCAGCUGAUCUUUAAAAACUCAUUAAUCUCGUAGGUCUUUUUCAAACUCGUCAUAAAACACCGAACAGGAGGUUUUUCAACACUCUAAACUUAGACAUGCUCCGCCUGACUGCAGGGCGCGUGGGGAGUCUCCUGGCCAGGCGCGCGACGGCGGCCCUGAGCACCGGCAGCGCGAGGAUGGCGAGUCACGGCCACGAGGUGUCCGACACCACUGACAUGUCGCAGCCGCUGUACUACGACAGCGUGGACCUCCCUCUGCCCGACAGACCCUACAAAGUAGAACUGACGGCGGCUGAGCAGAGCCUGAAGCAGAAGGAGAAAGGGCCCUGGAACCAGCUGACCAACGAGGAGAAGAUCGCCUUGUACCGCAUCAAGUUCUGUCAGACCUACUCCGAGAUGGGUCGGAAAUCCCACGAGUGGAAGACGGUGCUGGGCACCGCCUUCUUUUUCCUGGGCCUGACCGGCCUCCUGUUCUGGUGGCAGGUGCUCUAUGUCUACCCUCCGCAUCCCAGGAGCUUUGAGCCCGAUUGGCAGGCCCGGCAGCUGCAGAGGAUGUUGGACAUGAGGAUGAACCCCAUUGAGGGCCUCGCCUCCAAGUGGGACUACGAGAAGGGCCAGUGGAAGUGAAGGGACGCGGCGCUGCUCGUCCGAGGUGGCUGAACUCGAUUCUUCCUCCAGCUCUGUCUCACGGCCGUGUCCGUCUUGGUGUAAACUCCUUCGAUGUCUCUUUGCACCUCUUCAAUUAAAUGAAACUAUUCUCA